AGGGGGGCGUGGUUUAGAUCAAUGAUGACCGCCUCGCUGUAGUCAACUGUAAGAAAAAAAACACAACAAAAUUCACAGUCCGAACAGGUCCUAGAGCUCCAGUAGUACCUCUGCUGCCCACGCUGGACAGCUCCGGGCUGCUGCAGGAAGAAAGACAGCUGAUCGUGCGCAGCAGCAGCAGCAGCAGCAGCUCUCCCCACCUCCUCCACCACCGGAGGAAAUUAGUUGGCGACGCGCUGAUCGGAAGGAGGUGCGACCUGAAAUGACUGUUUGAUCGUCCCUCUGCCUGCCUCGCCUCCACCACUAAACCCCAGGGAGGUUUCAGUGCAGGAGCACCGGAUGAAGCAACCAGUGGAGAGGCUCGAUGGAUAAAAGGGUGGACGGAUGGGAUAAAGCAGCUGGAUUUUGUCGGUGAAGUAAACUCAUGCAGGGGAGCACAGCCUGACUGGUUCACCAGGAUUGCGACUGCCUUACGUAACUGAGCUUUGUGGAGAGACUGGCAGAGAAACUGCCGGUGCCGAGCUGUUAAAUCACAGCGAGGAAAAAGCAGGUGAACAGAAAAAAGUGCAAUCACAAGUCCAUCCAACAUGAUCAGUGAAGACUCUGCCCCUCAUCAGCAGUGAGCACGCCGAGAUGAACGAGGGUUGCAGACAAGGAGGAGGGGCUAUCACUGUGAAGGCUGAUGUCAUCCUCCACGCUGUGAAGCCUGACCUUGUCACCCCUUCUGACACAGAUGGGAAUUUAUGUCCAGGUUAUGUCCAAGGAUUCCUGCAGGACGAUCAGGAUUUCAGCCCCACUCAAGCAUUCGAGAAAGAAUACCUCCUGGACGGAAGAGCGAUGGAGAAUAACCACAUCGACCACCAAAAGGGCAACGGCUCGUGCAUCUCGAGAGCUGAUCACCUCUCCAAUGAUAAGGGAGCUGUGGAUCUCCCUCCUCACGCUGACACCACUCUGUCCAAUCACAUUGCUGGCACGCAACACAAUUGUUCAAGCAGUGAAGUCCACAAUGGUGCCAGAGCUAAAGUGUCUUACGGUGCAGAUUCCUCUGUAUCCUUGCCUGGCCAAGCCAAACAGGAAACGGACUGGUCAAUCCUGAAAUCGAACCUCGAGUGCAGGGACAGCAGCCAGGAAGCUGAAAAUGCACAGUCUCAGAAAGAGCCUGAUUUAGUCAUCGAAGUUGGCGGGCAGACGAUCAACGCUCACAAGGCUGUCCUGGCAGAGAAGAGCGACUACUUCAAAGCGCGGCUGUCACGAGACAUCCUGAAAGUGAAGGGAGUGAGCUACAAGACUUUGUCUACACUAAUAGACUAUGUUUACACUUCUAAGAUGAAUGUUUCCAAGGGCAAUGUUGUAGAUGUCAUCACGGGGGCUAAAAUCCUCCAGAUCCCAUGUGCCGUCCAGGCGGCCAUGGACUCCAUGUCCGAACAAAUCACUGCAGGGAACUGCUACGAGAUCCUGACCAUCGCCAAGAAGCAGCGACUCAGUGAACUGAAGGAGACUGCCUACGGAUUCAUGAGCGACAACUUCCUGCAGAUCCUCAAAGACCCGGCUGUGUACGGGCGCCUGAAUGGAUCUGAGCGGGAUCUGAUCCUGAAGAAGAGAAUGGAGGGCAGGCAGACUCUGAUGGUGGCCGAGAUAAAUGAUGUGUUUGAUCGUGUUGGGAGCCGGCCACCGAGCCGAUGUGGCAGCAGACCACAGAGUCCGUUGUCGGUUGGGUCUUUGGAGGAGAAUCAUAUGAUUUACUACUUUAAAGAAACAGCAAAUGACUGGAGACCUUUGACUGCAAUGCCUGAGGACAUAAACACUAAAGGGUGCGGGAUCUGCACCAUGUACAACUACCUGUUUGUGGCAGGGGGGAUAAAGGGCUACGGGGACAAGGGCAAAGUUUCAGACAAGGUCUUCUGUUACAACCCCAUAACCAACCGCUGGGCCGAGGUCAGACCUCUGACCCAAGCUCGUGCCCAGCUAAAGCUCGUGUCGAUGGAUGGCUACUUGUACGCCAUUGGAGGGGAAUGUUUGUUUACAGUGGAAAAAUAUGACCCUCGAAUGGAUCGCUGGACCACCGUGGCCCCUUUGCCAAAGGGAGCCUUCGCAGUGGCCCACGAAGCCACAACCUGCAGCGGAGAACUCUACGUUUCAGGAGGCUCUCUCUUCUACCGCCUCCUUAAGUACGACUCCAAGAGGGACGAGUGGCAGGAGUGUCCCUACAACAACAGCAGGAAGAAGUCUACUGACAUGGUGGCGUUCAAAAGCUUCAUUUACCGCUUUGAUGUCAGCCGCGAGCAGGGGAUCACUGUGUUUAAGUACAACAGCAUAGUGAAAAUGUGGCACGAUUGCGCAUCACAGAGGCUCGGGAGUCAUUUACCCUUCAGGUGCGCCGUGAUCGGGAACUGCAUCUACUGUGUGAACAAAAGCCAGACUCUUCAGUUUGUGGUGGAGGAGGAGAACGCCUACUUUGUUGAGGAAGCGCUGAGGGCGCCUCUGGAGGCGAAAGGCAUUCUUUUUCCUUUUGUUCUCACUUUGCCUGAAAAGCCUGAAAAAGUUACAUAGUGUGUGUGUGGUCCAGAAUAACACAAUGUGUCAUAGUGAAACUGGAAUAAGCAGAAGACCUUAUUUACACUCUGUAAUGUCAGCUUUCUCUCAGUGUCUCAUUGCCUGCUUUCAGUGGAAUGUGUGUAUUUGCAUGGCAAUUUAAUGUGUCUGCAGGGUGAAGCCUUAAAAGGAAAACUUUUUUUUAGAGUCGAAUGAAUGCAACAAUAUUUGUAUCCGACUGUAGAUAAUGACAUGAUGACAGUGACUGUAGGUUAUUUUGUGUAUUUUCUGUGUUCAAUUUGGUUUGGUGCACUUUUGUAGUUAAAAUAGAUAUUAUAUAGAACAUAGCUGACUGGUGACUUCGGUAACAAAAACAAGUAUUUAGUUGGAAGUUGUAUAAAAGAGAGUGGAAGCAGUCCUAGUGCGCUUUAUGAAAGAUGCAACACGGGUUCUAUGCAAAUGAAACAGAAUAUACAGGUCUGCUGUAAUACUAUUUAAUAGUUAUAAUGCACAUCUGAUUCGGAAGGAGCACUCUUUGAACUAGGGUUGCAACUAAUGAUUAUUUUCAUCAUUUUUGUGAUUAAUUGUUUGGUCAACACAGUGUCACAUAAUAAUGAAAACUUGCUACUAGAAUUGUUACACCACAAGAAGAUGCAUUUAAAGGUAUACUAUACAGGAUUUUCCCUUAAAAAAGUAUAAACUCGUACAAAAGCAAUCGCAAUCUUAAUUUUCUGUGUUUGGGACGUUCUUUGGCCGAGCGCACAGUUGAGGUCAGGAGCAAAUAGGUGCCAGACUGUAAGCAGCAGGCAUUCAAGAGGAAGCUACAAAAACUGCAGUGCAGAGAAACGCUAUGAUAGCUAUAUACUAGUAUAGUAUAUAUACUAGCGUAGUAUAUAGUUAGUCCAAACACCAGGCGGUCGAUUUUCACUUUCAUUUUUGCUGGCAACACUGUCUAAAAACAGUAGCAUGUGCAUCCUGCAUAUAGUAUACCUUUCAGUGUCUUGUUUUAUACAAUCAACAGUCCAAAACCCAAAGAUGUGUGGUUUAAUAUUAUAUAAUGAGGAUUUUGGGAAAGUCUCAAAUCCUCACAUUCGAGAAGCUGGAAACAGAGAAUGGUUUAGAUUUUGCUGGAAGAAUUAUUAACAGAAGGGCUCAUGCACACCUUAGAAAACUUGCACACAGGUACAUGGGAUGACAUUUUUCCAUACGUGAAGAAAAGAGAAUUCCUGCACACUGUCAUAUUACUUGCAAUAAACUUUAUUAAGCACAUAAUGUUUUGGUCCUCAGACCUCCAUCUGUACUUUUCCUGAUAAAGGUCUCAGGGACUGAAACAUAAAAAAGACGUAUAAUGUUUAUUAGAAUUCACUGCUGGAAUUCACUUGAAAAAUUAUUAAAAUUAUUCAUCCAAGUAGUUCCAGAUUAUUGUCUUAUCAUCACAUAGUCUACUAAUUGACAGAUUGUUUUAGCUGGACCUCAGACCCUGAUCUGCGCUGGCUUUGAAUUAAACCUGUAAAUCAUGGUCAAAUUAUAAUCAGUAAAAGAGCAACUGUUUGAGUUUCAUACCCUACAAAUAACCCUUUUGCAAAGCAUUUAAACUCUAUGUUGCAGUUAGUGGAAUUCAGGGGACCUUUCCAGUCAAAACAGGUUUUGCAUUUCAACUUUGUAUCUCCAAGAAGCUAUCAAUUUUGUCACAAAUCUAAAACAAUAUGUUUCGCAUCUUUUUAAAGCAAUGUAAACUGAAUUGAUUUAGUUUUAAAAGUACAUAAAUAACAUUUAUUUUUAGAUUCAGAAUGUGCUAUUUUGCUUAUAGUGCAUACUCACGGGUGUCACAGUUGCUACAUUUAGCUCACUUGCCAAAGAUGAAUAACAAUUCAGUCAGGCUAAAAUGAAACUAUCAGAACUGACAGACUUUCACCUCUUUUGUAGAUUAAUUUCCCAAUGAGAAACGUUCCACGUCACCCACGGGUGAGUUAAGAAACUAAAGCAAUAGUAGUUUUUUUAAGAGGACGGGCCACAAUGUUUGCUGCUAACAGGCACUUUUUAGGAAGUAAAGGGAAAGCAAGCCAUUGAGAAUACAUAAAGAGGCAUCUCCGAUCUUUCUUGUCCUGCAUGUGUUGACGUAAACAGUAACAGACCCAUGUUCAAGUGCAGGUUUCAUCACUGGCUGGGACAAAAGGUCAAAGCACGGUCAGGUCACGAUACUUACUGCAUCCAUAAACAAGAUGUCCUGCUGUCAUGACACUAACAAACCAUGCUCCUCUUGCAUUAGUGCACAGUUUUGCAAAUUUUGCUUCAAAUUUCCUUCUUUUAGAUAUUUUACAGUAUUUGUUUGCUGCUGUAACAACACAGUGGGAGUUUUGUACGGAAGCUAAUGCUGAUGUGUACUUGGAACAAAUUGCUUUUUAAUAACAUUUGUAGAGAGGUUUUAAGGCAAGACAAAAUGGAUGUGGUUUCUGAUAUUUUGCUGGCUGUAUUUUUGUGAAUUUUUGUAUGGAUCUGGUAGUUUUGGAUUUGCUGCUGUGAUGGACAGUAAAGUGAUGCAAUGUUAGGCAGUGGCUUCCUGUUAAAGGCAUAUGGAGUGGGCUAACAAAUUAGCUGUUGGAUAAUGUAUAUCAGUCCGAACUAAGUGCUACAAAUAAAA